AUGCCGCAGCCAUUCACCAUUUGCUUUGAAGACGCAUCUACGAAAAGGCAGAGGCAGAACCGCAUCGCGCAACGCAAGCACCGGAGUCGAGACAGAGCGCGGCAAAUGAAAGGCGGCCGGGACGUCCCGGAAAACCCAAGUCUUAUGCAGCACGAUAGCCCUCCACGAAAUUACGUGCUCUCCUCCGGCAGCAUGCCGCUCGAAACACAACCUCAGACAGCAGCCGAAGGGGUCGAUGCCACCACCGGCAUUGCUGACGCAGCGCCGGAACAAACAGGAGUGUUGACACCAUCGAGCGAUCCAUUCGGCCCGGUAUGCGCAAACACGGGGGCAGUGCAGUACGGCGGCGUGCCCGCCGACUGGUUCCCGCCGACGACGCAGACGACAUCAUACAUGCAGCUCGAUCAGCAGCAUCCUCCUUCCGGCGCCGCGGCCCCGUACGAUGACAAUACCUACAUACUCCCGUACUCACUACAGCCGGAUCCGCCAGCGGUCCCGCUGCAGCAGCUGGCCGGCCACUGCCAGUCCGUUGAAGAACGCAUGGAGGCGCUAGUCGAGUUCUCGCGCAGCAUGGGCUUCACGACGUUCGACGACGCCGUUACAACGUACUAUACCGCACAAUUCAAAGCGCGCACCCGCAUCGAGAUGGAGCAGCGCUGCAGCCGCAGCCGGCAGCUGCCCGGCGUGCUGGCCCUCCUCACAGCUAGCGCGCAGCGCUGGACGAGCCUGCAGUCGCACGCCUACCGCUGCGAGAUCGUCAAGGCGGCAGAGAAUAUAUACGCCGAUGAGAUGGCCCGCCUGGAGGGCCUGAUCGGCCCACUGCAGAUGCACGGAGGCGGGACGGGCCUUGCGGCACUGCGCAACUGCCCGGAUGAGCUGCAGGGGAUUCUGGAGGACCACGCUCCGAAUUUGUGGCUCCUGCUGGUGGAGCUGGCUAAGUCGAGGACCCUGGAGAGCAAUUGCACCGUGCUCAGCAUUGCUGCGUCAUUGUUGAAUCUACGGCUGCUGCAGCGAGAUACUGGUACGAAGAGUCGUAGUAGGUGA